GUCAUGGAGAACUGGUGCAGGAAUUGCCAGCUGCAGAGAAGGGAGGGAAGGAAGAGGAAACACCAUUCCCUGCUCAACCCCAGUCUCAGGCCCAGCGCAGUCAACAGUCUGCUGGGCACCAGCACCCACGUCCGCUUCAGCCUUCACCCCGACCUGCACUGUUGACUGGGACCCAGCUUCGGCUUUCAGGACACCCGAUUGUAUCCUCCUCCCAUCUUCGUUCCUGACUUGCGCCCGAUCCUUCUCUGCAAUCCACUAGCUGGACCCCCAAGCCAUGGCUGGUCCCUUCUCCCGGCUGCUGUCUUCCCGGCCUGGGAUCAGGCUCCUGGCUUUGGCCGGAGCUGGGUCUGUCGCCGCUGGGAUUCUGCUCCGCCCGGAACCUAUACGAGCCGCCAGUGAACGAAGGAGGCUGUAUCCCCCGAGCGCUGAGUACCCAGACCUCCGAAAGCACAACAACUGCAUGGCUAGUCACCUGACCCCAGCACUCUAUGCACGGCUCUGCGACAAGACCACACCCAUUGGUUGGACCCUAGAUCAGUGCAUCCAGACUGGCGUGGACAACCCGGGCCACCCUUUCAUCCAGACUGUGGGCGUGGUGGCUGGAGAUGAGGAGACCUAUGAGAUAUUUGCUGAACUGCUUGACCAAGUGAUUCAAGAGCGACACAAUGGAUAUGACCCCCGGACAAUGAAACACACCACUGACCUUGAUGCCAGCAAGAUCCGUUCUGGUUAUUUUGAUGAGAGGUAUGUAUUGUCCUCGAGAGUCAGAACUGGCCGAAGUAUUCGGGGACUCAGUCUACCUCCAGCCUGCACUCGGGCAGAGCGACGAGAGGUGGAACGCGUUGUGGUGGAUGCACUGAGCGGCCUGAAGGGUGACUUGGCUGGAAGAUACUAUAGGCUCAGUGAGAUGACAGAGGCUGAGCAGCAGCAGCUAAUUGAUGAUCAUUUUCUAUUUGAUAAGCCUGUGUCCCCAUUGCUAACUGCAGCAGGAAUGGCUAGAGACUGGCCAGAUGCCCGUGGAAUCUGGCACAACAAUGAGAAGAACUUUUUGAUCUGGGUGAACGAGGAGGAUCAUACACGGGUCAUCUCUAUGGAGAAAGGAGGCAACAUGAAGAGAGUGUUUGAAAGAUUCUGCCGGGGCCUCAAAGAGGUGGAGAGGCUGAUCCAGGAGCGAGGCUGGGAGUUCAUGUGGAAUGAGCGUUUGGGAUACAUCUUGACCUGUCCAUCUAACCUAGGCACUGGACUUAGGGCAGGAGUGCACAUCAAGCUACCCCUGCUAAGCAAAGACAGCCGCUUCCCAAAGAUCCUGGAAAACCUAAGACUCCAGAAGCGGGGGACUGGAGGAGUUGACACUGCUGCCACAGGCAGCGUCUUUGACAUCUCUAAUUUGGAUCGACUUGGCAAGUCAGAGGUGGAGCUGGUGCAGCUGGUCAUCGAUGGAGUAAACUACUUGAUUGACUGUGAAAGAAGGCUGGAGAGAGGCCAAGAUAUUCGCAUUCCUGCCCCUCUUGCCCAUGGCAGACAUUAACUCUUCAUCCCCAGCAGAAGACUGGAGAUCCCUAGAACUCUCCUGUUAAAGGGUGGUCUAUUCUACUUGUGUGACAUGUUCCUCACUACUGCCUUCAUCCUAGUAAAGACUCCAAGCCGUG